UGUGACCGAGGUAACCUAUAUGGUGCCCUCUGCUCCUCACAUAUUCUAUUCAGCUGUGUACCGGCCUACCCUGUCCUCACCUUAAUCUUGUGGAGUGACUUCUCCUCAUCUCCUCCUAUAGUCUGGGUCCACACGGUCAUGCCCGUCUUAUUGUAGGUUAGACUCCAGCCCUCCUCGCUCCCGCACUCCUCCUUGAAGCUGCUGAAUGCCCGGUCAUCCGGGAUCAACACCGACUCCACCGACAUGACCUGUUACCGGGGAGAGCGAGCUCGCUCUUCUGCAGUUCACUGGGAAGAACAACGAUGGGACCAAACCGAGGUAGAAAAACUCCCGAUGGCGGAGAGACCCGAAGCAGACUGGGACGAACGGGCGCCGGUGAGGAGUGACUAAGCUAAACGACACACACCUCUAUCCUCUGAGUGAAUUUUUCCUACAAUGUAAUUUCUUUUAUCACACACAUUGAAAACGCAACCUGCAAAACCGCUCUUGAGAUGAUGUGUGUUUAGAAAGGGGAGUUGCGCGGGAUCACCGAAACUGUACAAACACUAAGCACGCACAAAAACACCGGUAUAAAAAAAAAAAUAAAAAAAAAAAAUCUGCCGUUUUCAUAGAAACUACACAGUCACGUGAUUGGAAGCUUUCCGGCGUUUAUCUUAUAACAUUAUUGACCCUCUGGCGUGAAUCAAUUUCAGUACAAUAUGGUCCGCAGCAGCUAUUUCAGGGAGCCAUAUGUUUUCGCUGUCUCACCGCGACUCGGCUGGAGAUGAAAGGCUGACAAGUCGGAUGGUUAUGAUCAAUUGUUGCGCGUUUACAUUUCAGUUCCUCUGCGUCGCCGUGUGCCCACCUAUGGUCCCUCGACGUCGUCGGAGGUUGAUGGUGCAGUGUGGAAAAUAGAGGAAAGCGUUGGAGACGCACAGAGAAUUAAUAAAAUAUUGACAAUGUGAAAAUAUAACCGCCCACUCGGCUACGUACACGCACGCACGUCCCUGUAUCAGGAACCAGAUAUCAGCAGCGCGCCUGGUCCUAUAGGCUGACGUGUACUCUACUCCCUACCUCCACACUUUUUUUUUUCCUGUUGUCCGUUUAUUUUCUUGCUAUUUUUCUAUCAAUUUCAACAACAUAACCAUUACUGCGGGAGAUAGCUAUUGGGAGGAUGCCUUUAGGCUACAUUAGAAACGUCAAACAAGACCUGUAGCCUACACUCACCUAUGGCUGCGAAGCACUCCUGGCAACAGUGGCACUGCUCUAGAUUCCCUCUGGGACAGACUCUGACCCAACACAGCUGUACACACACACACACACCUGCCCAAGAACAAAACCAUGACUUUGGUUUGAUCCAAGUUUAUUCCUGUUAUCCAUCCCUGUUUGAUUAAGAUGAGAAGAGAAAAUAGAGGGCAGGAGCAGGGACCGACCUAUUUUGGUGUUGGCAUAAUAUAAAGGGAUGGAAGUUAAGAUAGCUCGCUAGCCCGAAGCUAGUGCUUUUCAGACUGGGCUAGUAGAAAAUGUACUUGUCCAGUGGCCAGUAAAAUUGUGCAUGGCACGGAUUUUGGACCAGAACGUUACCCUGGCUAGUACAAAUCACAGUCUACUAGCACGGCUGGCCAGUGGCCAAAAUCCUUAGAGGGAAAUCCACUCAAAUACUAUCUUUCAAAAAGGGUUUUGGGCACUGGCCAGCCGGGCUAGUAGACUGUGAUUUUUACUAGCCAGGGUAACAUUCUGGUCCAAAAUCUGUGCCAUGCACAAUUUCACUGGCCACCGGGCAAGUUUGGUAACUUUUCUACUAGCCCAGUCUGAAAAGUACUAGCUUCGGGCUAGCUUAACUUCCAUUAACAGGCUAGUUUAACUUCCAUUAACAGGCUAGCUUAACUUCCAUUAACAGAUUAGCUUAAAUUCCAUUAACAGGCUAGCUUAACUUCCAUUCACGGUCUAGUUUAACUAACUUAACUUGCUGUAUAUUAUAUCUAUAUAGAUAUCUACAGUAGAUAUAUAGCAUAUCUAUAUUGCCUGGAGUAAGUGAACUCGGCAGUCGUGCAAGUGGAGCCUGCUGAGCUGCAAAGAAUUCCAGUAAGUCUAAAACUGCUCUUUCUGGUUCGUCCCCAUUGUUUAAGUGAAAAAGAGACAAUUUAUGGCAUUUUUUUGCAGUCGGGCAAGUUGAGCCUGCUCUGAGAAUUUUGUAACAACCAAAAUACAAAGAAUUCCUGUACUGAUCUUUCUGAUUCCCCCCUCAUGUGUACAUUCUUAGAAACAACGAUUCCAAAAGGGUUCUUCGGGCUGUCCCCAUAGGAUAACCCCCUUUUGAUUCCACGUAGAACCCUUUUUGGUUCCAGGUAGAACUCUUUUUGGUUCCAGGUAGAACUCUUAUGGAUUCCAUGUAGGAUAUAACCAUUUUUUCUAAGAUUGUAGCUGAAAGGCAGACACUAUAUGGCACUUCUGCAUGUAAAUAGUUGAUUUACAUUUGCGCCUGCAUUCUCAGAGCAAGCUCAACUUGCCCGACUGCAAAAAAAUGCCAUAAAUGAUGAUACUCUUUGGGCAACCCCAAAAUAGUCCUGACUGCCUUUAAGACAUUAAAUGUCAAUCCCUGACAAGAAAUAAACAUCUCCAUUGGGAUGAUAUGCCAUCUGUCUCUGAUACUGUAUGUCUGAAUAAGUCCCUUAUUCUGGAGUCUGAUAUAUCAGGCCUGGGUAGGCUACAGUUUUAAAGACUGUAUAUUUAUUAGUCUGGGAACAGAACAGAGUUCAAUUCAGAAGUGGAGAGGCAUUAAGGUAAUAGUGACAUGUUUCCUCUUGGCUUUGAGUUAUGGUUCUGUGUUUGGAGGUGUGUGUGUGUGUGUGUGUGUGUGUGUGUGUGCGUGUGUGUGUGUGUGUGUGUGUGUGUGUUGGAUGAAUGCCACAGGUACUUUCUCUCCCCAGGUGGAGGAAAUGUCUAAACUUUUUAAACUCUGAAAAGGAAAACAAUUUCCCUCUCUUGGAAUUGCCAUGUUCUCUCAUCCACACUCGGUAGUGACUCUCUCAGGUAUUUAUCCUGAGGCAAGCACACAGAGCAAACUAUAUAUGUUUAAACAUAUUUCAAACAUUGGCCAGAACAGCCCCAUAGCCUUUGUCAAUACUUUCUCAAGAGACCAGCAAAUUAACGUUGCUCUCUGCAUGUGAUUUCUCCUUUAAGAAUUAGGCUAUAGGGCCGCUGCCACAUUAACAUUGUUUGGGAUUACUGCAAACAGCAUCUUCUUUGGAAUUUUGGAUUUCACAGCAAGACUGUUUUUAGACUCUCAGGUGAGGUCAUGUGGUCAAAUAGGUGUAUAGAGUAGCAUAGCAUAUGUCUCUGUGCUGCCAUAGUGAAUGGACUGGGGAGAACAGGAGCUAUUCUGCAAAAUACAAAAGGCAAAUAAAUAUAUUUUACAGGGUGAUCAACUGUGAAGGGUCUUGUGACAUGUAGCCGGCCUGUAAAGUUACAUUUUAAUGUUGUAUGUGAUGAAAAGGUUGACUCUGGGUUAUAGAUGUCUCCACCUUUGGCCUACAGUACAGAAUAACAAAGAUGUUGUUUUCCUAUUGAAUGUACAUUUCCUAAACUCCCACAUUGUGUCUAACUGGUGGCCAGCCUUCUUCUUCUUCUUCUUCUUCUUCUUCUGUGUAUUUUAUAUGGCGGUUGCAACCAACUUUAAGGUGCAUCACUGCCACCAACUGGUGGACUGGAGUGUGGACCAGAGACAGGGAAGGUCUAAAUCCUACCCAAUAUUCUCGUCUCCCUAAGGAAACGAAAUACAAAAUUAAAUGCUACAUCCCCUGAAGAUUUCCCCAGCAGUUCACUCAAUUUUGGCUAGCACCAGCCUCUGUAGGCUAUUCGUGCUUGUAUUAGGCCUAGUGACUGCUGACUGCUGCGACACAACUCGUGUUUGUUGCGUUAUCCAGCCUCCGCAGUGCCACAGAAUCUGGACGCCAUCUGGUGGCGAAUCAUAUCCAAAGAUAAAGUUGUUUUGUUUGUUAUAAAUCAGAAUAAACUGACAUUUUUUCAUGUGGGGAUUGAUUUAGAUGAACUUGUGUGUGGAACAUUUUAAGACUAUGAAUAAAUCACGAGUUAACCUUUAUAAGAGGUGCUGGAGUAGCCUCUGCGAUACCAGGAAGUGGAGCCAGUUAGUUUCUGUAGGAAAAAACUAUUAUUCCCAUGAUGCAGUUCAUGUUCCAGUGACAUCCCAUGCUGCGGUUGUUUUUGUUCUGACGAUGCUGUCAACCAUCACCGGAUAAAUAACGGUCUGAAGGCGGAAUAGCGGCAGUAGACUUCAAUUAAAGGUGUUGUCGUUGCUAGUAAGGACUAUCAUCAGGCUGAACGUUUCACGGUUCGCGUGUUUUUCCGACAUGUUGUCUUCGGUUCCGCAGCGGAUCUUCAUGCGAAGGUCGCGCAGCCUUUCCCCAUGCCGUGUGCUCCAGACAAGCACCAAGAACGCCGCGAGGAACCACAUCAUCCUCGAGAAAGCGGACGCCAACCGGAACCCCAUCGUUUCUUCCUCCCGUGUCUCCCGUAGAGGAAUUCUGAGCGAGGAGGCGAAAGCCCCGAGUGUGAGCCCGGCCGUGCAGUAUCACCAUCUGGCCCCCAGGUGGCUCUCUAACCUCCAGGGUCGCAGGAGCUCCUGGGCCUCUCUGGCUUCCAGGGGACGCAACAACAACCAGUACUGGGAGCAGAGCGGGGGGAGGACCGGGGGAGAGAGCGGGAGCAGCCGCCCGUACGCACUGGCCUCUGCUGGGGUACUGUCCGCUGCAGCCGUGGCCUUCUGUCUCAAGAAAGACUCUGAUACGAAAGGUGAGCCAACGUGUGUGUGUGCGUGUGUGUGUGUGCGUGCGCACUCUAUCUGCUAAAGAUACUAAAAGGAUGUGAGUUUUCCCUCCAGGUGAUGCACUUCUGGAGGCUGCAAGGACCAACAACUCUCAAGAUGUGGCAAGGUACAUUAUAAGCAAACACACACACACACACACACAAUCACACACACACUCUCCUGAGUUCCACACAAUACACAUACUGACUGUCUGUACAGGGGAAAUCCUUUUACAUUUAGACAAAAGGCUUCUAUGUGACAGAGAAGUCCAGAGCCUCUGAUUGCCUUGCUGUUGUGUUCUCUCUGUAACACUAAGUACCCAGUAGAAAUACACACAUGUUGGGCAGGCACCAAACAUUACAAGUUAUGAUUAGUGUAAUUACUGCUAGUCUCCUGUAAUAGAUUCAAUCACACAUUUUAAUUGUUUACUUACUUCUCUACACUACUAUACUGCUGUAGGAAAUGAAAAAAAUGAAUUACUCCACCAAAGUCUGUGAGGUCCAAAUCAUAUGGAGUCUCAUCAUAUACAGACAGUAGUUCUGGAAGUGUCCACUUAUACAACAGCACAUGAUUGUAUUCCCAGUUCUCCCCACGAGAGGGAGAUAGAUGUCCAUGUCUGUUUAGUUUAGUUUAUUAGUUUCCCUACAUUUGUAUUUAAUAAAAUACGUUUUAUAUUGGAAAGACACCAAGAGACAACAAAAAUACUAUUUACACACAAUUUAUACAUAUUCAUAUUCUUAUAUAUGGUUCAAUUAGAUAUUUAGAAAGAGGCGCUGUGAUACAAUAUGUUUUUUAAAUUGCUUUUUGCCUGAGUUACAUCUGUUGGCACAGCAUUCCACGAUGAGAUGGCUCUAUACAUAACUGAGCGAUGAGAUGGCUCUACACAUAACUGAGCGAUGAGAUGGCUCUACACAUAACUGAGCGGCGAGAUGGCUCUACACAUAACUGAGCGACGAGAUGGCUCUACACAUAACUGAGCGACGAGAUGGCUCUACACAUAACUGAGCGACGAGAUGGCUCUACACAUAACUGAGCGACGAGAUGGCUCUACACAUAACUGAGCGACGAGAUGGCUCUACACAUAACUGAGCGACGAGAUGGCUCUACACAUAACUGAGCGACGAGAUGGCUCUACACAUAACUGAGCGACGAGAUGGCUCUACACAUAACUGAGCGACGAGAUGGCUCUAUACAUAACUGAGCGAUGCAUUAAAUCUGUUUUUGGUUUGGGUACAGUGAAGAAACCCAUAGGGGUGUGUCUGGUGGGGUAUGUAUGUCUGUAUGUCUGUUUGAAGUGUAUGCAAAUAUAUUCUACAAGUGGUUAGGCAUUUUCAACACACAAAUGUUUCUUAAUUAAAAAGACUAGAAGAGAAGUAGUCAAUUUCUCUUCAUCCCUCAACCAUGAAAGAUUAUCAUGCGUGUUGUUGAUGUUAGUUCUAUGUGUGCAGCUAAGGGCAAGGCGUGCUGCUUUUUUUUUUGAGCCAGCUGCAGCUUUGCUAGGUCUUUCUUUGCUGCACCUGACCAUUUUACGGGACGGUAAUCAAGACGGGACAAGAUCAGAGCCUGAACAACUAGCACAGUAUUUUUAUAACAGACACACACCUCCCCGUCUUCACAACAACUUUGUCAAUAUGACUUGACCAUGAUAACUGACCAUCGCAAUGUUACUCCUGGGAGUUCAACUUGUUCAAUGGUCACAGCCUUUAUGCACAACUCCAGUUGAGGUUUAGGUCUAAGAGAAUGCUUUGAACCGAAUGCAAUGCUUUUGGUUGUAUUUAAGACCAGUUUAUUGUUAAUGACCCAUUCUGACACUGACUGGAACUCCUUGCUAAGAGUCUCAGUGAGCUCACUGUCUGUAGGUGCUGAUGUUUAGAGUGUGCAGUCAUCAGCAUACAUAGUCAUUUUAGCUGCUUGUAAGACCAGUGGCAAAUCAUUAGUAAAAACAGAGAAGAGUAAUGGCCCAAGGCAACUGGCCCUGAGGGGACACCACACUGACAUAAAUGAUGUUAGAGAAGCUCCAUUGUAAGAAACACUCUCUGGGUUCUAUUGGAUAAGAAACUCUCCAACAUGUGAUGGCAAGGUGAUGGAAGCCAUAAAAAGUGAGUUUUCAAUAACCAAAAUUAUGUCAGUAAAUCAAAGGCUGCACUGAAUUAACAAAAAGCUCAACUAUUAAUUCUUAGACAAGUAUUUUAGCAAGUCAUCAGUAAUCUGAGCAAUGAAGUACAAGCCCCCAUUUAUGCAUGCAGAUAAGUCGUACGUUUAUCCAUGUAUUUUAGCCAGUCAUCAGUCAUCUGAGUCAAUGCAGUACAGCCCUCCCCUUUUAUGCAUGCAGAAAGUCAGUAGUUAACUUGUUCUUUUUUUUUUUUUUUUUUUUUUCCGGGGGGAAUGGAUCAGCUUAAUAUUGCAGAUAGAUUGUAUCUUCUAUCAAUGUAAUUGUCUGCAUCACUUCCAAUCCCCCAUGUUUUUUUUAUAUUUUUUAUAUAUAUAUUCCCCUUUAUUACUUUUCAAACCCCACCAUCCUUUCCCUACUUGGAGUAAAUUAGUGAACAACAAUGCCCAGGCCUCUACUUCCGGUCUAUACUUACUAUCUACACCUUAUGGACAGAGUUAAUUUUACAAUAAUUCUAUUAUAUAUAUAUAUUAUUAUUAUUUAUUUUUAUUUUUAUAUAUAUAUUUUUUUUUUUGCUCCUGAACUUCUUCUACUCUCAACCUCUCCGAUCAUUUUCAUGAUGUCCAUCCGGUUUGCUUCUAAAUGCCAUAUCUUUCUAACUGUGCUCUUUCCCAAAAGCUCCCAACAUACAACCUAUAUACUUAUUAUGGACACAGUAUGCUUACAUUAUUAGCUAUCUUUGUUAUUAUUUGUUGUUAUUUGUUAUUAGUCCCAUCCUUCAACUCUAUUCAAUACCUCCCAUCUAUCUCUUAACACCAUCCAUAUAGGAUUUCUAUUUGCCAUAUAUAUUUCAACCGUACUGUGAUGUUUUACAAAAGUUCUGAACCUUUCUAUUCUCAUUGCUUCUACAGAUUGUGAAUUAAAAAUAAACAUUUUUGCUAAAAGUAUUAUUAUAUUAUUGAUUGAUUGACUAUGACUUUUCAGAUCACCCAGUAAUGCUAUCUGCAAGGUUAGUUCCAGGUAAAUAUUGCAAUCCUUUAGCCAUUCCUGGACCUGUGUCCAAAAACAAGCUACAAAUGGACAGAACCAAAACAAAUGAUCUAAUGAUUCUGUCUCUUCACAGCAAAAUCUGCAGAGCUGGGAAGAUUGUAUCCCCCAUAUAAAUAACAUUCUAUUGGUAGCAAGAAUUUUAUAUAAUAAUUUAAAUUGAAAGAUUCUAAUUUUUGAAUCCGGUGUCGUUUUGCGUGUCAGUUCAUAAACACUAUGCCAUGGGAUCGGUACGUCAAAGAUCUCUUCCCAACUAUUUUGCAAUCUAUAUGGGACGGCUGUCAAUCCUUUGGUCCUUAAGUGAAACUGAUAUACUUUUUUAUUUAUCACAGUUUUCCUUAACCAAUUAUGUUCUUUAAUGCAAGGCCGACAGACAAGUUCCUUACUUUCUCCCCCUUCAACUUUCCUCUUCCACUUUUGCGGUAAGGCUGCAAUUAUUUGGUUGUAAUUUUGGGUAGAGCAGACAUUUCCAUAUGUUUUUGUUAGCUGCAUGUGCGACAUAACUCCACCAGUCCUACCGAUGAUAUCAUUUACGAAGAUUAUACCUUUUUUAAACAUUCUGUCAAAAAAUAAAGGUUUUUUGUCAAUUAGUAUAUUUGAAUUUAACCACAAUAUUUGUUGCAUUAUUUGUUCUGUCGUUUCUGGAGGAUUAAAUUGAAAUUGCAACCAACUUUCUAUGGCUUGUUUUAGAAAUAGUGACAUUUGGGAGAUUAUUUCCUUUUCAAAUAACUGAAAGUGAGAGGUUGUAAUCUGAAUAAAGGGAAAAAGGCCUUUCUUGAACAGUUAACUUGUUCUUUGAAAAAUAGCAUAUUUAUUCAAACACAAUUUUCUCCAUUUUACUAAGAACAGGCAGGAAACUGAUUGGUUGGCUGUUAGAGCCAGCAAAGGGUGCUUUACUAUUUUUAGGUCAUGGAAUUACUUUAGCUUCCUUCCACGCCUGUGGACACACUCCUUUAGGCUUUGGUUAAAUACAUGGCAAAUAUGGGUAGCAAUACAGUCUGCUACCAUUCUCAAUAGUUUUCCAUCUAGGUUGUCUAUACCUGGUGGCUUAUCAUUAUUGAUGGAUAACAAUCAUUUUUCUACCUUUUCCACGCAAACUUCACCAAAUUCAAAACGGCAAUCCUUCUUUCAUUAUUAGAUCUUCAAUACACAAAUAUGAUGGUUCACUGUUCAAUGUUGUAAUUUCACUUCUGUUUGUCCACUUUACCAGUGAAAUAGUAAUUGAAAUGAUUGGCUAUAUCAAAAGGUUUUGUUAUAAAUGACCCGUCAACUUCAAUGAACGAUGGAGAUUAAUUGGGUUUUCUGCCCGUAAUAUAAUUGAAGGUGCUCCAAAGUAUUUUUCCAUCGUAAAAAAAAAAAAAAAAGUCAUUUAUCUUGUUUUGGUGAUAUCAUUUCUUCAUUUUUUUGUUAACUUUAGUCACAAAGUUGUUGUGUGGCAGGCAGCAGGUGAGAGGUAAAGGGCAGUCAGACCGCAUCACAGAGAUCUAGGCCUACUCACAGACACAACCCUCUUUCGUGCGCACUCGCUUUCAAUCUCUCUCUCUCUCUCAUUUUAUUCUCUCUGUCUCUCUCUCUCUCUCUCUCUCUCUCCAAUUUGUGUCUCAGGACAGGCUCAGGAUAAGCUGAAAGUCAAACAACCCCCCCCCCCCCCCCUCCCCUCUAGCGCUCCCCAACCCAGUCACCCAGAACCAUGGGCAGGAGGGCCUGGGGGGGGGGGCACAGUAUGGUAGCAGAAUACAGGAGGAGGGCAUCUCCAUCUGUCCUAGUGAUAAAGUGUGUGAAACAAUGGUAAUAUCAUUUUUGGGUAGAAAUGUGAAAAGGGCACCUGCCAUGUUAUUGUAGCAGCAGUAUCUUGUCUGGACCCUUAUCUUACGCGCGUAAGUGUGUGUAGGUUUAAUCAUGUGUGUCACUCUGUGCUACAGGGGUGUGGCAGAUGGUGUAGGCUAGGUGACACUGCACAGAUGUGUUAAGUGUUUUAGUUAGAGAGCAGCGGUAUAUGGGAUAGUGUGUGUGGGGGGGGCAGGUUAGAGUGAGGCACGGUGUGUUUACAGUCAACACAGACACCGUCCCCCCCCCCCCCCCCCGACACACACACUAACACACCCCUCCCUCUCAGAUAACACAGCCCGAUGUCGUCCCCCCAGGCACAGAACUCAACCUACACACACACACACACACAUCUUACAUUGGUCCUGUCGGAGUCUGUUGGUAUGAGGGCUGAAGUUAAAGCAGAUAGUAACCCUAGCAAUAGAACAGCUGUCUUAACCUCUUCUUGUCCUGUUUCCUGUCAGGUUGCUGGGCGAGGGGGUGGAGCCUAACCACCGGCACCGUCUGGGCUGGACCUCUCUCAUGGUGGCAGCUAUGAACCGCCAGCACAGGUCAGAGAGACAGCAGUGUGUGUUUGUCAGGCUCUUCCUGUGUUAA